AGUUUUACUUAUUCUACCUUUCAAGAGUUGGAUAUAGAAUGUUACCUCAUUUUGUAGUGUUUCUUGCAUUAAUAGGUUUACAAUGAAUACAAUUUGCUCAGGCGGAUGUGUUCGACCCCAAAUGCCAUCGUGCCUGGCAUUUGGUGAAUGAUGACAAAUGUGGACUCCAACAUCCCCAUCAGAGAGUGGUUGGAGGCGAAGAUGCAGCAAUUGGAGAAUUUCCAUGGGUUGUUAUUAUUGUACUUCGCAGCCUAAAAGCAAUGGUGGUACAGUAGUGGCAGGUGAAUAUAAUAAGCGUUCGAACAAAGACUGUAACGCCAACAAUUUUUGCGCGCCCCCAACUUAAAACUAAGAUGUGGAGUCAGCAAUUCGCCAUCCAGACUAUGUGAGAGGUAUAGAAGGCCGGGAUAUUGGACUAGUCAAAAUUAAAGAUACAUUUCAAUUUAGUGAUUUCAUUACUCCUAUUUGCUUGGAGUAUGGAUCCCUCCUCUCAGAAGAUCAUGCGGACAUUGAUGCUGUAAUGACUGGAUGGGGAGUCUAUAAAUUUCAUCCACAGACAAAUAGAAAAUUAUUUCCUGCCGUGCUUCAGAAGGCCACACUCAAAAUACGCGAUGAAAAUACUUGCAAACAAAAUCUUUCAAAAGCCGGAGUUCGCACCGGAAAUUCGAAUCCGAUUGAAUCAUUCCUUUGUGCUGGAGGAGAAGAUCCUGAUCACCACAUAUACUUGGGUGAUUCUGGUGGCUCUCUCGUUAUACUUGAAUCAGUUGAGGCAGACAUACCCAGGUAUUCCACUGUGGGACUAGCCUCACUAUCAGCUACUGCUCAAAAUCCUAGAGUGACACCAAUUUCUGAUUUCUAUACGCAUGUAUCUUUCUACCUGGAAUGGAUCUUGGACACCAUUGCUGAAAACAGUGGAAUGUAGUAUUCACCAGUUGACCAAUGAAGGAUAAGUCUGUAUUUGGUUAAGACAAAUAGAUAAAUAAAAUAAAUAUGAUUGACCAUCAUUGAUUGCACAUCAUUCAAACAACUUGUAGUCCUGAGACAAAAUUGAACAUCAGCC